ACACAACCUAUACAUAAAAAAAAUUAAAAACUAGAAAUAAAAUAAAAAAAUGGAUAUUGAAGAACCAAAAACAUACGCAAUUCCUUUUAUUUCAUAUGACUAAAAAGAAGGAUUUCAAUUAAAUAAGCAAGCCGAAGAAUAUUUGCGAUCAUUACCUGAAAACCGAAAAAUAGGAGUAAUAUCAAUAGUGGGCAAAUAUCGUACUGGAAAGAGUUUUUUUGUAAAUAGGGUACUUUUAAACAAUCAAAAGGAUGGUUUUUAAGUUGGUCCGACCGUAAAUCCAUGCACAAAAGGAUUAUGGUUAUGGAGGAAAGAAUUGAAAAGUAGUGAAGAUGAAAAUAUGGAUAUUUUAUUGAUAGAUACCGAAGGUUUCGGGGGAAUGGACGAGAAUGUAAACCAUGAUUCGAGAAUAUUUUUGUUUUCCCUUUUGUUGUCAUCAUAUUUUAUUUAUAAUUCAUAGGGUAGUAUUGAUGAGAAUGCAUUAAAUAAUUUAUCAUUAAUAAUUAAUUUAGCAAAAGACAUCCAAAUUAAAUCAAAAUCAAACCAAAAUGAGGAUCCGGCAGAAUAUUUUCCAUCCUUUUUGUGGGUUGUGAGGGAUUUCGUACUUUAAAUAGUAGAUAGUAAAGGUAAUAAAUUAACAUAAAAGGAAUAUUUAGAGAAAGCUUUAGAAUUAUAAAAAGGAGUAUCUGAUCAUGUAGAAAGCAAAAAUAAAAUAAGAAGAUAAUUAAAGCAUUUUUUUAAAGAUAGAGAUUGUGAAACUUUAAUUAGACCAGUUGAAUAAGAAAGGGAUUUAUAAAAUUUAAAUAAAAUAAAAAAUGAAUACUUAAGACCUGAAUUUGUUGAAUAAAUAAAUUUAUUACGAUAAAAAAUAUUCAAAAAAAUAAAACCGAAAAUGUUGUGUGGACGACAUCUAAACGGUAUGAUGCUUUUAGAAGUUUGCCGUUCAUAUAUCGAAUCUAUAAAUAAAGGAAGUCUUCCUAAUAUAGAAAAUGCUUGGACUUAUGUAAAGAAAAACGAAGGGCAAAGGGCGUUUUAAAAAUCAAUUGAAUAAAUGGAAAAUAUAAUAUAAUAGGCAAAAAAAAAGCUUGUAGAUCCAAAUAAAAUACAUGAAUUGAGGGAAAGCAUGAAGUUGGAAAUGCAUAAAAUUCUCAAAAAAAAUGCUAUAGGUGAAGAGGAAGAUUAUCAAGAAUACUAUGCUAAAAUUGAUGAUAAGUUAAAUGAAUCAAUAUUGGAAUUUAAGAAGGAAAACAAGUACUAAUGGAAAAAAAAUACGAGGAAAUUUCAAAAGAGUGGAUAGAGGCGAUAGAAGGAAAACUUAGAAAUGAAUAAUAUGAAAAUUUCUCAGAUUUCUAAGAAGAUAUUAAUAAAUAUAAAGCCUAUUUUGAAAAUUAAAUACCAUAAAAAGAUUCUAAUGGAGAGAAAUUCUUCAUUUAAAUUUCAGAAAAACUGCAUAAAAAUGCGGCUGAGAAAGUCUCUAGAAAAUAAGAAAGAAAUUAAUAUAAAUAAAUUUAAUAAUUAAAAGAACUUUUGAAUUAUUAAGAAAAAGAAAAUAAAUAAAAAACAGAAGAAAUGACAGAAAUUUAAAAGAAAAUUUAAAAUAUUGAUUUCGAAAUAGAAUAAAAAUUACAAAAUGCGAAUUUGUAAAUAAAAAAUUUAGAAGAAAAAUUAUAAAAGGAAAUUUCUAAAAAUGAAAACUUAGAAAAAGAACUUUUG